ACUGGGCCUGAACGGCGGCAGCAGUGGUGGGGGCAGUGGGGGCGAGGGCAGCAGCAGCAAAGACACGACCACCACCACCACACACCACUUUGUCCGACGGCGCUCCACGCGGCAUCGCAACUACAUGAGCCGGGCUCAGCUACACGACGCAGUGGAAUUGCCAGAUGGCUACGAGCAACGCACCACACUUCAAGGCCAGGUCUACUUUCUGCACACACGCACUGGAGUCAGCACUUGGCACGACCCACGGGUGCCGAGACAAGUAGGCAUGGAGUUUCGUGAUGAAGAUCUGGGCGUCAUGCCUGAAGGGUGGGAGGUUCGGAUGACACCCAGCGGCAGGGUCUACUUUGUGGACCACAACAACCGCACCACGCAGUUCACCGACCCCAGGCUCUCGCAGAACCUGCACCUCAUACAGGAGAGAUUAAAAAGCCCGAGCCAGGACAAGGAGAACGAGCAGCCGAACCUCCCCAAGUACAAGCGGGACCUGGUGCAGAAGAUGAAGGUGCUCAAGCAGGAGAUCAGCGCGCUGCAGCCUCAGGCCGGUCACUGCAGGCUGGAGGUCAGCCGCGAGGAGGUCUUUGAGGACUCGUAUCGUCAAGUGAUGAAGAUGAGAUCCAAAGACUUGCGCAAACGUCUCAUGGUGAAGUUCAGGGCAGAGGAGGGCCUGGAUUAUGGUGGUGUUGCGAGAGAAUGGUUCUACCUCCUGUCCCAUGAGAUGUUGAACCCGUACUACGGCCUCUUCCAGUACUCCAGGGAUGACAUCUACACCCUGCAGAUCAACCCAGACUCAGGGGUCAACCCGGAGCAUCUUUCCUAUUUCCACUUUGUGGGUCGCAUCAUCGGAAUGGCAAUCUUCCACGGGCAUUACCUGGACGGAGGCUUCACCAUGCCCUUCUACAAGCAGCUGCUGGGCAAGCCCGUCACGCUGGACGACCUGGAGAGCGUGGACCCUCACCUGCACCGCAGCUUGUGCUGGAUGCUGGAGAACAACAUUGAGAACGUUCUUGAUCACACCUUCUCUGUGGAGCACGACUCUUUUGGCUGCAUGCAAGAAUACGAACUCAAACCUGGUGGCACAGAGAUCACAGUGACGGAAGAGAAUAAACGAGAAUACGUCAAACUGUACGUUCAGUGGCGGUUCAUGCGGGGGAUCGAGGCGCAGUUCCUGUCCUUGCAGAAGGGCUUCAACGAGAUCAUUCCCCAGCACCUGCUGCGGCCGUUCGACGAGCGCGAGCUGGAGCUGAUGAUUGGCGGGCUGGGCAAGAUCGACCUGGACGACUGGAAGAAGCACACGCGCCUCAAGCACUGCACGGCCGAGACCAACAUCGUGCGCUGGUUCUGGCGGGCCGUGGACGGCUUCGACGACGAGAUGAGGGCACGUCUGCUGCAGUUUGUUACUGGCAGCUCUCGCGUGCCGCUGCAGGGAUUCAAGGCUCUGCAAGGUUCCACAGGUGCGGCUGGCCCGCGGCUUUUCACAAUCCACCAAGUGGACAUCUGCACAGACAACCUACCCAAGGCACACACAUGCUUCAACCGAUUGGACAUCCCUCCAUAUGAGAACUUUGAAAAAUUUCUCUCCAAAUUGACUUGUGCUGUGGAAGAAACCUGUGGAUUCGCAGUGGAGUGAAUUCUAGAGGAGUACUGUGUAUAUUCGAAUUAUAGAAAUGCUGGAUGAAAGUGCUCACACAAAAAGAGUGCCCGUUUUACCCCGAGGUGGACAAAUAAUGGGAGAUGACCGUGUCUGUUUCCUGCCUGCCCUUGUGGUGUGUGUGUGUACAUUAAUGGGACGUCAUACACUGCAGUCUAGGCAUCGUGGAUGAUGGUUACAAACGAGAGAGGGGAAAACUUUACAGGAAUGCAUUUUAUUACACGGUGGUAUAGACAUGGCAUUCUGUGAGAGCCCUCGGUUUUUUAGAAUUAAGUUUUUUCUGUCGGUCAUGCUGCAGUGAGGAGGGUCUAGGCCGUGCUUUAAAAAUCUGUUUUUCUUCCUGCUGCAAGAACUUUCUCUCCCCCCCAUAUGAGAAGCAGCACGGGCGGAGAACGUUGCACGUAAUUUAUGAACGCUGAAUGACGUGCAGCUCAAGCAAAAUGUGUCGAUCUGUUCUUCGAGCCUGUUGGAUUAUACAAUACCCGAUUGCUGAUGUGUGCAAUACCUGAUUGGCUGGAGCCAGCAAAUGUUCUUUAAAAAAUCCUGGUGUGAUUUUCUUUUUUUUUUCCCUCUUUAGUGAAAGCCUGUGACUGUUUUGUAGUUAUGUUUCCUCUCACACUACACUGUUGUCUGGAGCCUGUCACAAACUUGCAGCCGUUGAUGCUAGUGUGCCCAGUUCUUAUCUCCCUCACUACACACAUACACGCACGCACACGCACGCACACACACACACACACACACACACACACACACUGAAUGC